CGCGGGCCGCGGGCCAUGUCCGAGAGCGGCGGCGGCGGCGGGGCCGCUCCGGGCGGCGCGGGCGGCGGCGCGGGCAGCGGCGCGGGCGCGGGCGGCGCCGCCGCCUCCGGCUCGGGACCCGGCGCCGCCGACCCGGCCUCGCUGCCGCCCGGGGACGCGCAGCUCAUCGCCAUCAUCGUGGAGCAGCUCAAGAGCCGCGGCCUGUUCGACGGCUUCCGCCGCGACUGCCUGGCCGACGUGGACACCAAGCCAGCCUAUCAAAAUUUGAGGCAGAAAGUGGACAACUUUGUAUCUACUCAUCUGGACAAACAAGAAUGGAAUCCAACAAUGAACAAAAACCAGUUACGAAAUGGGCUGAGACAAAGCGUGAUUCAGUCAGGAAUGCUGGAAGCUGGAGUGGACAGAAUUAUUUCUCAGGUGGUGGAUCCAAAACUAAACCACAUCUUCAGGCCCCAGAUAGAGAAGGCGAUUCAUGAGUUUUUGGCUGCACAAAAGAAGGAGGAAAGUGUGCCAGCUCCUCCACCAGAGCCUGAGAAUAAGGAUCCUCCUGCUCCAUCUCAGGAUGCAUCCUAAAGUGAGUUCCUGAGCCUAAGCAGCUACAGUUGCAAAAUACACACCCUGUUAGAUUGGCAAUGGAUUAUUUAUUCCGUUUGUUACAGGAUUGCUGUCUGCUUUGUCAGAUCUAUGGGAAAGCAUCAGUGAAAUUCAUAAAAUUCACAUGCACCUGGAAUCCUGCACGUGGAGGGACAGCCUAAACAUCAAGAUACUUUUCCUAUUUUUUAAGAGAGGUAGAGAGCGGCAUGUAUUCUUAAUUGUGCCUUCAGGCAAGGGAGUGGGAAGAAAAAGAGAAUCAUCAUGUUUGGAGGGAGUAGGGAAGUGGUUUGAGAUGAUAUGGACUUGGAAGCAGGAAGUAGGAAGUUUUGGAGGGAGGGGUAGUCUCUUGAAGACUAUGCAAGAGUUGUGAGACUUACUUUGAUACAGGCCAGAUGAGAGGAAGCAUCAUGCCUCUGCUGUAUAAUGCAGCAUUGAGUAUUAGGUGCCAAGUUAGCUGCAAUGCAUUGCACUGCCUGCUUUAGAAAUUCAUUUCUUCUUUAAAACUGGAAAGAACACUUCAGGGUCAAUUAUCCAGAUAAGUUUCUGUUGCAUUGCAGGAAAAUGUUUACAGUUAGCUAUGACUAUAGCUCAUUUAAUUCUUAUUUCCCAAGUGACUCUGAGAAGCAAAGGGCACCAGAGCAGGUGAUCAGUUUCAAACUUGUCUCUUUCAACUUGAAAGACUGCUUUCCUGUGAAAUUUCUCAGGUGCCUGGUGGAAACUGCCCUAUGCUUUCAGCUUGAAUGCAUGCAGUGUCCUCUGGAUGACCAUCAAGUAGAGAAUGUGAUCAAGUAUUCUGCCAGCAAGUGUCCAGACCUUUUGCAAUAAAAAGACUUCAAAAAGCA